AUGAGACAAACAACGGCAUCAUCUAAUCUUUCGAUUCUUCCUCCAGCAGCAGCCGCCUCCUUCGAGAAACAGAAGGAUGAUGGCAUGCUUCCUAUUCGCGACCAAGGGUGGUCUCUGCGUGGGAGGGUUUUCAGGUCCACUCCACCGAGCAUUCCCUUUACCCUUGAUUGUCCACUGUAUCGCCUCGCCCCGCCUUUGUAG